UCAGAUGAUAUUGCAAUUGCUCUGAUAAGUGUUUGGGUUGAGGCUAGAAUUUCAUAAAAUGACAGACAUCUGUUCUGAAAACUAAGAUUUCUCCUUACCAAGUCCCCCAAUCCACUCCUCCGGCCUCGUUGUUCUGGUUUACAAGCCAUGUCUAUGUAAAGUUUCAUGGCGCCUCUUUCCGGCCCUCUUAACUUUCCUCUGCACUUUAGUACACUAAGACUUUGGGCUGUGGGGUGUGGGGAUAAUGCUGAGGACCGAACCCAGGGCCUUGAGCAUCACCUACCACUGAGGUACACUCCCAGCCCCUACCUCAACCUCUGAGACCUCCCCACAGGACUCUGUCCCAAUUCAGAGACUUACUCCAAAGAGCGGGUUUCGGCAGGAGGAAGGGAGACAGACCCUCCCCGAUAUCUGUCCCCUCAAAGGCCAGGAACUUCUGGAUUUGUAAAUGGGGUGGGGAGAGUAGAAAGAGUUACUCUCCAGGUCUGGAAAAGUGCACAAACCGUUGACCAGGCAAAAACAAGUAUUAAUUUGAAUGCUUGGUUUUUAUCCUAUCCUGAGAGAGGGGGAUCAUAAUGUCGGGCCUCUGGAGUAGCUAAGAGAUUGGUUCCUCUUUCACCGGAAAAGUGACGUUCUAAAAGGCACUAGUCUACGAUGUUUACCCUUUGUGCCCUUCUAACACAAUGAAGAAAAAAGGGUGGCGGGCCUCUCAUGGUUGGGAGGGACAAGCAAAGGGUAUGUUUUUUAAAGCAUUAUCAGACCCCAGGACUUCUGGGGAACCCACUGAGACCAUCAGGACCUCACUUUCCCCAGGAAUCCCUUCAUUUUUGACACAUCUACUAUUUGGUAGUCAGGAUGGGGCAAUACGGUGGACUCUGCCCACUGAGGUCAUUCAACCUUCCCUCCAUCCCCCACCCCUGCCUAGGGGUAUUGCACAAGGGACCUGAAGGUGGCCACAGGAAUGGGCACAGGGGCUCGCCAGCCACACUCACCAUCUGGAAGCCUCCCACUUCCUAAGCUCCAGUCUGUGUAAUUCUUGCCUUGAUCUCCCCAGAUUCUCUCCUCAUCAUCUUGACCCAUCUUCAGGCCCUUCUCUGUCCCCACACCCAGUCACAUUGCUUUUUCCAGUCACAGAACUGCCUGUUGACAUUCACUAGGUAGGAGGUUCAUCAGCUGGGAAGAACCGGCGCCUGGGGAAAUCUGGCUGGAUAGGUAUGGGGGAUCGAGGCCAGGCCCCUAGUCCCUGGUUUCCCCACGGCGGUACCCCAACUCUAAGCACCCUCACUCUACUGCUGCUCCUCUGUGGACAGGCUCACUCCCAGUGCAAGAUUCUCCGCUGCAAUGCCGAAUACGUCUCGUCCACUCUGAACCUUCGGGAAGGGGUCUCACCGGGCACGCCGCGCGGAGGUGGCCGUGGUGGGGUGUCAGGUGGCUUGUGUCGUGCCCUGCGCUCCUAUGCACUCUGCACUCGGCGCACGGCCCGCACCUGCCGCGGGGACCUCGCCUUCCACUCCGCUGUGCACGGCAUCGAGGACCUGAUGAUCCAGCACAACUGUUCCCGCCAGGGCCCCACGGCCCCGCCCCCGGCCCGGGGCCCCGCGCUUCCCGGAGCUGGCCCAGUCCCUCCGACCCCAGACCCCUGUGACUACGAGGCCCGGUUUUUCCGGCUGCACGGUCGAGCCCCGGGCUUCUUGCAUUGCGCCUCCUUCGGGGAUCCCCAUGUGCGCAGCUUCCACCACCACUUUCACACAUGCCGUGUCCAAGGAGCUUGGCCCCUGCUGGAUAACGACUUCCUUUUUGUCCAGGCCACCAGUUCCCCCGUGGCAUCAGGGGCCAACGCUACCACCACCCGGAAGAUCACCAUCAUAUUUAAGAACAUGCAGGAAUGCAUUGACCAGAAAGUCUACCAGGCCGAGGUGGAUAAUCUUCCCGCUGCUUUUGAAGAUGGUUCUGUCAAUGGCGGCGACCGACCUGGGGGCUCCAGCUUGUCUAUUCAAACUGCCAACCCUGGGAGCCACGUGGAGAUCCGAGCCGCCUACAUUGGGACAACUAUAAUCAUUCGACAGACAGCUGGACAGCUUUCCUUCUCCAUCAGGGUAGCCGAGGACGUGGCACGGGCCUUCUCGGCUGAGCAGGACCUCCAGCUGUGUGUUGGCGGAUGCCCUCCGAGUCAGCGACUCUCUCGCUCCGAGCGCAAUCGCCGCGGGGCUAUAGCCGUAGAUACAGCCCGAAGGCUGUGUAAGGAAGGGCUUCCCGUUGAAGAUGCCUACUUCCAAUCCUGUGUCUUUGAUGUUUCAGUCUCUGGUGACCCCAACUUUACUGUGGCAGCCCAGACAGCUCUGGACGAUGCCCGAGUCUUCUUGGCGGAUUUAGAGAAAUUGCACCUUUUCCCCUCAGAUGCGGGGCCUCCUCUCGUCCCAGCAACCGUCCUUGGGCCGCUUCUUUCAGGCCUCUUUGUUCUGUGGCUUUGCAUUCAGUAAGUAGGCCAGCAACCCCGUGACUAGUCUGGAAACGACUUGAGGGUAGAGGCUGGUGUGACAAAACACAAAGAUGCGUCAAAGAAAACAGUGAGGACAGGGAGCUACAGAAGACAAUGACAUUCACCCAGAAUCAGAUGAGGCUGUGGCCCAGGACUCAAAUGACCCCAGAACAAGGAUUCUGGAUCAGGGAUUUGCAUUGCAGACGUUGGUAGGGGCUCUUCGCCGUGAAUUAAUUUCCCCAGUCCCGUUUGUAGUAGGCCGAUUACUCCACUCCACACACACCUGACUGACAUCACUCCUACAGCCUCGGGGUUGUGAGAGUGCUAAUGACCAGCGAAACAUGAAAGCGUUGAGGUGGCUUACAGGCAAGAACUAAAAAAAGGAAGACAUGAUUAUAUAUAAGAAAGUCGAAAGAGGAGAAAAUAAUUAGGGAAAGCUUUUGGGUUCAGAAAUGAAGCGGGCAUUAUCUAGCUCUCAGACAACGGAAGUCAGCUUUUGAGACUAGUACCAAUACAGAAACUGGCAUCCCCAGCCCUCACUAGUCCGUUAUUAAAGCUAUGAAUUCUG